AUGCCUUCACCUCUGCACAUGUCACUUUUUGUCGACUUCAAAGAACGAUAUGACCGCUCAAAUCCUGCUGUAGUUUCAAACGAGCCAGAGCCAAUAUCAUAUUAUGCUGAAGUGCUUCUGUCGCUUUCACGAGGGGUCGUUCACCCUGCGCCAAACGUCACGCGGAAUCCCCUGCGCGAGCACAUCGACCCUACCUUGCUUUCGGACACGAGUAUCACAUCGUAUAUGGUUCCUAAUCGGCUUGGCUCAAAGAGCAAUCAAUCUGAAGCUCAACAUCAGCAGAAGCCCUUGAGAAGACUCCCUUCCUCCAUGGUGAGGACUUCGAAACCUAAAAUCUCGUUGAACGAACUCGCGAGUAAGAUGGAGAGGUCAUCUCGUGCGAUGGCCCUUCACGCUGCUGUGAUUUCGGAUGCGCUACUUGGAACAAACCCAAACACCGUACACAAGAGACAGCGUUCGGCACCUGAUACAACAGAUCACAAGAGCCCAAAAAGACAAUCCAAAGGCAAAUCAACUCCUCCUACUCGAUCUCGGAAACCAAAGGCGAAAUCUAAUGACAAAAUCAAAAAGGAUUCUUCGCUUAUUCCCGAUUCUCCCUGCCCACCGAUGAAACAAAAACUACGACUUUGUCUGGCUAACCAGAUCAAGUAUUGUGGUUUUAUACCGGACCAUCAGCAGGAUUCGAAAGAGAACCUCGUCUAUGGGCGUUCGUUGGGUGCAAGCGUGGAAAGACAAAGUAAUCCGGUAAAGAAGACAUCUUCAUAG